ACAACCUCACGUCAAUGUCGAGAGAGAAAAAGGAAUUUUGAGCGCGAUGAGAAGAUUUGAAAUGUGAUGAAUUGAAAGUGCGACGAAGAUUUGUCAUUGUAAAAUGCAAUCUGAGGUGCCCUCAUUGUCCGUAGUGUAUUCUGAUGGGAAGAAACGUUCAGCUAGAGAUACGGAUUUAAACGACCAAACCUCAAACGUACAAGUUACAAAUCAUAACGCGUGCAAGUUCUCAACGAAUCUCGUCUCAAAUCGCAAGCAAUUGCAUCCUCUAGUCGGUGGACCGUAUAGAAAUAGCAUGCGUCUAUACGCCUUGACCGAACCCAUCAGAUCUACUAACAAAUCCUCCGUGGGCCAACGUGUUAUGUCAGCCAAAAUGUUGCGCGUCAAGCAGUUGCAAAAUCAACUUUCCGAUGCUCAUUAUCAUCUCAAUGAAUUGUCUAACGAGAAUAGACUUCUCAAAGCCCUCCAAAAACGACAGGAUUCCGCUUUACGAAAAUACGAAGGUAAAAAUGCUGAAUUACCACGAAUCAUUAAUUCUCAUCAUGAAGAACUUAAGGUAUUGCAAACCAAGUACAAAAAAUUGAGAAUGCAGCAUAAACAAACGUGUGAUCUGUUGAAGGAAAAGGAAACUGAGAUUUACUCGUUGCAGGUGCAAAACAAACAUCUGACGCAAUUGAGCAAGGAUCGGCACCUCGAAGAAAGAGAAAAACUACAGAUGCGAGUGUCCGACUUGAACUUCAGGAUAGAACAACAACAAGAAACUAUUCAGACACUGAAUAGAAAACUUGCUCUUGAAAGUAAAAGCUUGAAGCAUCAACUCAAUGCAGAAGUGGCGAAACACCGAGAGACGCAAAAGCACUUGAACGAGACUUUAGAAAAAUUGAAGAAUCUCGAAGAUUUGUUGGACAACAGAGAAAAGAGAUUGUAUUACAGCGGUAGAUUGCCCGUUUGUAAUAAAGGAAAAUCAAUGGAGAGUCAGUCGCUCAUGAACUUGAGACAAAACAGUGGUCCGCCAAAUGCUUUGAAAUCCAUAGGAAAAAGUGGGGGAUCUCAAAAUGAGCCGGAACAUGGAAGUUUGCCCAAGCUCACGAGGACAGAAUCGAGUGAGGGAAAAACGAUUCCAAAUCCAAAGGAGGAUCAGAGAGAAGGGACGCCAGUAACCGAGACGAUGAGCACUUUGCAGCAAGUUCGAAAAUUUCGUCUCCAAAAAUCCUACAGUCGAAAUGGGUCUGCGAGUCUUUUAAACGUAGUGGAUAAAGAGGAGGAAGAGGAAACUACAGCUAACGAGAUAAAUCUUAAAACCAAAUAUUCACGAAUCGAGAAACUCAGAACAAAGAGAUUAACGAUGAACGAAGUCGAAUCGGACGGUGAAGAAGAAAUCAAGAAAUUCGUUAAUAAUUUCGAGGCUACGACUGACAUCGAAUCUUACAAACUACCCGAAGAAUUGAUGAAAGAAUUCGGCUACUCUAGCACCGACAGCAAAAGUGAUGCGGAUGAGGAAAAUAUUGAGUCCGGCUCAUUGGCCAGCAAAUCCAGAGACUUGCACACGAGAUUAAUCGCAGACGAUACGGAUCUAGUCCGACAACCCGCUCCUAGUGAAGUGACCAAAAUGAGAAAACCACCAUCCCACUCGGAGAGCGAAUCUGACACCGAGGAUCGAUUGAGAAAUGAUCGAUUGUCAACACCGAUCGAGGACUAUGGAGUUGUACUGCAGAGCGAAAAAGAAAAUGCUCAAUCAUUGGUGCAGGAUUUUUCGAAAAUCGAUAUAAAUCGAACUCAUUCGGAUUCCGAGAUGGAGAGAGCGAAUAAAACACAUUCAGAAGCAUUUAAAAAAUCAGAAGAUGUAACCUCGAGUGUACCAUCGAGCGAAGGGCAUGAAAAUAACCAUCAGCGUUUAUUAGAAAUGACGAAAUCGUGGUCGGAAGUUCAAGCGAAAAUAAAGAGAGACCGCGAGAUCUCAGAGAGUCAGUUGAAAGCUCUGAAUGAAGGAAUUUUGGAAGACGAAUUAGAGAUUAAAUUAAUCAACGAAGAUCGUGGAUAUUCGAGCAUAAGGACUGAAAAUUUAGAGAAUCCGGAGAAGGAAAUUUUCCGGGAAUCAUUGCGUUCACCCAGGAAAAUUGAGAAGCGUGAAGAAACUUUCGAAAUUCCUCAGGCUCAGCGAAACGGAGUUGAAAAGACUGAAUUUAUUGAUUGUCCCGAAAACUUUCAAGACGAUGCGAAAACAUAUGCGAAGCAGCCUGCCGAAAAUUAUUUGAUAAAAACAAGCUCGAGUCACCAGGAAUCAGAAAAAAUUCUUGAAAAUGGGACUAAAAACGGAAAGUUUGAAGCACCGGAUAUAAAACUGAUCAAUUUCAACAAACAAAAAUUAUUAGCAGCAAUGAAAGCAAUCGACGACAAUGAGAAUAUAGAUUUUUCAUCGAAUCAAAAAUAUCGGCCAGCAAACUCUGCGGUACGAUCUCAAACGAGUGUAACGGAAAAUCUGUACAGAGGACUCCCGACGCAUGCACGAAAAAAGGAUGAUUUAUUGAAGGAAAUAUUCGGUGACGGCAAAGUAGAAACAAAACUUCGCGGAGGGUGUAGCAAAUUACAUUGAAGCAGAAAGAACGAUGGAAAGUGAAAAACGUCUUAAUCAUGGGAGCACGAAGUGCUGCAAAGCAUCGUUGUUAAAUAAACAACAUUUCCUAAGAGUAAGAACAAAAAUUAUUAGAUUUAUAGCGCCCGAGGAAAAACCUUUGACAAGAUAAAAGAAAAUGAGGGAAAGAAAUAACCGUGGAUAGUUUCAUGAGCCCGGAAAUCCUGAAUGUACAAACGGGUAAAACUCCGCAAUUUGUAUAAAGCCUCAUUUACGAGUAUUGUACUUCGGAGCCCAAACGGGAGAAGAAAAAACAAAAAAUAAAUAAUUUCCUACAUUCCAA